AUGUCUGAGGAACUUUUUGUAUCGCUUCCAUCCGGAUGCCGGAUCUGCUAUCAGGUAUUCGGGAGCCCAUCGGACACGGCAAUACUUCUCAUCUCAGGGCACAGUGGUGCCAUGACACAGAAAACAGACGGGAUUAUGCGACUUCUCAGUCCUCCAGAUCAUCCACACUUCCUCAUUCGAUUUGAUCAUCGAGAUACAGGCCGCUCAACAUCUUUUGUCAAGCCAACUGACGGUGCGCCGGUAUAUACGCUAGAUGAUAUGGUUGAUGAUAUCGUGGGCCUCAUUAAACACCUUGAACUUGGAAAUGUUCACCUCGUGGGCACUAGCUUGGGUGGAACUCUUGCUUGGCAAACAGCUAGUCGGAUGCCUGAUGUUGUCCGAAGUCUUGCACUUGUACUCACCAGUCCAGUUGGGCGACAACAGCUUCCUAGUGAUAAGUUGCCCCAAGUACACUUGGAGGGGCAGUGGCUGCUGGCUGAGGCAUAUGAGAUUCCAGACGACCGAGACGAUGACGAAAGCUGGAUCGAAUCAUAUAUGCGACUUGAUCUUGCCUUGGCAACUGAACCGCCUACAGAAGAGGAGAGGGCUGAAUCUAGACGAGAGUCCGAGAUUACAUAUUAUCGCGAGAAAGAGAGCGGGACUAUGUGGACCAAGUAUAAUCAUUCUGAUGCGUCAGGUGUGAGAUGGCCGCGCGAGUUGCUCAAGCAAAUUCGAUGCCCUACCGUUGUUAUUCAUGCUGCGAAGGACCAAAUUUUCCCUCUAAAACAUGCAGAGGCUCUGAGAGAUGACGUCGAAGGAGCAACGCUUGUCAUUCUAGAAGACUGUGGGCAUGAGAUACCACACCGCGUUCGCCAGCGAAUGGCGGAUGCAAUUCUCGCGAAUAUGAAAAAAGGGGAGUAG